UAGUUAGAGUCAAUCUUACAACUUGUUAGACUCAAUUACCCAUUCUAUUGUCACUAUUUUCAUUCAUAAAGUGUUUUCCCUUUCGUUCUAUCAUAAAAAGUAAAAUUUGUGUGCAUUUUUUUAAAAUAACAUGUAAGAAUAGAUCGAUCGCCCCAAUCCUAUAUCCGCAUGUAUUUUACCUGGCCCGAUCCAUAGUAACAUGGAGUGAGACAUGAGUAUUGAGAUACCCGCACCGAAUGCCCCAUUACCAUCACUGGCCUCACCCUCACUGCCUCUAGGGUCAUGUAUAGUCUCAGUCUCUAAUGAAAACGCAGCGUUUAGGAGGAGUGUAAGAUCCGGCGGAGGAAAAACCUUCUGCCCCUCUGAUAAAGCAGAUUCAUGGUUGCGAAGAAUCGCCGCCUCCGUUUCCGCCAUUCCCAUCAUCGCCGCCGACAGUGUUGCUUUUUUAUGGGUUGAGGAAAUAGAAGUGCGCCGAAGUAAACUUGACUUGGAUUGAGUUGGAACUGAACAGGGAAGGGAACUCUUCAGAAUACAAGGGAUAACGAACGAUGAGAUGGAACAUGAACGCGGCCGCCAGGGCUAUGAAGCAGCUUCAGCAACAAGCGCGGUCCUUUCCCCCGAUUCGUUGCUCUUAUGCCCGCAUUUCAGCUUCCUUUCUUCAGUCUACUUCCCCAUCAAUUUAUCGCCGCCUUUAUUCCACCGAAUUCCAAACUCAAUUGUCUCCGGACCUUGUACGGAUCAUGGAGCAGAGAUUAUCAUCGAUUGAACACAGGAGUGCUUCCCUUGAGAGCUUCAUCAACCGGCCAGAAGCCUCGCCAGCUGAAUUUUCAAGAGCUAAUAAGGAGCUGCGUAAGCUGAGGGAUCAUAUGGAUCUCAUACAGGAUUUGAGAACAAAACAGAAGGAGAUCAGUGGUUUGAAAUCUAUGCUGUCUGAGUGUGAGGAAGAUAAGGAGAUGAUUGAUAUGACGAAUGAGGAAUUGAGCCAGGCGUUAGCUGAAGAGAGAAGGCUUCAGACUUUGCUGCUGAAGUUGUUACUUCCGAAGGAUGAUGCUGAUGAGAGAGACUGCAUUUUGGAGGUGAGAGCAGGAACUGGAGGCGAGGAGGCUUCUUUAUUUGCAAUGGAUAUAUUCCGAAUGUAUGAGAGAUACUCGCAGAAGAAUGGUUGGAAAUUUGAAGUGGUUGAUAUAGCGGAGUCUGAUAUGAAGGGGUACAAGGAAGCCAGUGCAGCAAUCUCAGGAGCUGAUGUUUUUGGGAAGCUGAAAUUUGAGAGUGGAAUUCAUCGAGUUCAGCGAGUUCCAGUUACUGAGAAGUCUGGGCGCAUCCACACUAGUGCUGUGUCUGUUGCUAUCCUUCCACAAGCUGAUGAGGUGGAUGUCCAGUUGAGGAACGAAGAUUUGAGAGUUGAUACUUACAGAUCUGGUGGUUCAGGGGGCCAGCAUGCAAAUACCACAAACAGUGCUGUCAGAAUAACCCAUCUUUCUACCGGGAUCGUCGUGGCCAUACAAGAUGAACGGUCCCAGCAUAUGAACAGGGCUAAAGCAAUGAAGGUCCUCUGUGCAAAGCUGUAUGAAAUGGAAAGGUCAAGACUUCAUUCGAGUCGGUCAAAACUUAGAUCAGACCAAAUAGGCAGUGGAGACAGAUCGGAACGAAUAAGGACAUACAACUUCCCUCAAGGGCGUGUGACGGAUCACAGGGAAAUGGAUGCCGUUGCAUCGUUCAGUUCCGCCGACUGAAAAAUACUGUGGAGUGCGAAGUUUAUCGUGGAACCUGGAAACAGGUUCACUGGCUCUUAGAUGCUGAUAUAUUGGUGGAGCUGACUUCUAUGGUUAGUAAUAGUAUUUUUGCAGGGCCACUGCCACCACCCUGGGAUGGGCAUCCGGUUCUGUAAACUUGAACCGAACUGAACCAAACCGACAACUUGGUUCUUUGAACCGAACACUCUCUUCCUUGGGUUGGAAUUUGUUAUGUAUUUUAGCACUAGGCUAAUCGUUGGUUCAAUAAGAAACAAAUGUUUAU